AUGGACUGAGAAAUCUGUUUUCACGGACUCUGUAAUGGAUAGAAUACAGAAAGUGACUUGUUUUACAGAUUGAUUUUUUUCGUCCGAUACCACAGCUCAUAAGCAGUCCGAUAGUGGAGUAUGGUCAGAAGUUGUGACAAAGUUAGAGGCUAUACUAAUAGUCUUCGAUUUUCUCUCAAGCAGCUUCCUGUGCUGUGCGCAAAAGGGUAUCAAAACUAGAAACGAAGUGUAUUUUGUUAAAAUGUUUAAGUAGGAGUUUACAAAUAAUCAUUUCGGCGGCAUUACUAAUAUUACUGUGAAUGACAUUCUUUUUAAAAAUUCCGCUAAAAGAAAACACAAAAGUUCAACAAACAUUUAUUUGAUAUUUCUGUGUAUUGUGGAUACACUGUCAUUAUAUCAAUGGAAUUUAGAUCACGCUGUAGAUCAAUUGACGGGUAUACAGAUUAGUGAUAGUUCAUUACUUUUAUGUAAAUCAAUUAAAUUUCUUGGUUACUAUACUUUUCAUGCACACAAAGAUGAAAAUCCAAAAGCAAAGAUAAUUGAAAUUGCAAAAAUGAUGGAUGUUACAAUAACACAUGAUGAUAUUGAAGUUGCGCAUUUUACGGGUGCGAAGAAUGUACAACAACGUGAUAUUAUUGCCCGUUUUUAUUCACGAGAAACAUGUCAAAAAUUAUUAAAAAAUCGUAAAAAACUAUAA